GACUCUGGUUUUUCUCUUUUAGUACUUCAGUACUAUUUAACUAUUUGGGAUAUGCACAUGAUUACAUUGAUUCGACAUUUAAAACAUGUUAAGAAAGGCAUGUGUGAAAAGGAAGGCUUUACCAAGACAGCAGCUUUCAAAAAUGAGUAGAAGUUUGCCUAGAAGGAAGAAGAAGGCAUCCAACAGAAGCCUAGAAGUGAAGGAUACACCUUGGGAAUGUCCAGGUCUCCACUGUGACAAGAGCAUCAGGUGCACAGACAGUCUGGAGCAGAAGUUGUUUUCUGUGGUCAUGGAAUUAGCCAAACUGUCCGACAUGACAAAGCUCCACCAAGCUGUGGCUGCAGGGGACUACAGUGCAGUGAAAAAGAUCUUGAAGAAAGGUCUCUGUGACCCAAACUACAAGGAUGUGGACUGGAAUGACCGAACCCCACUUCACUGGGCUGCGAUCAAGGGACACAUGGAGGUGCUGCAGCUCCUGAUAGAACACGGAGCCAGGCCCUGCUUGGUAACUGAUGUGGGCUGGACACCUGCUCAUUUCGCAGCUGAGUCAGGCCAUCUGAACGUGCUCAAAACUCUCCACGCCUUGCACGCCGCCAUCGACGCUCCCGAUUUCUUUGGAGACACCCCAAAGAGGAUCGCACAGAUCUACGGGCAGAAAGCCUGUGUGGCGUUCCUGGAGAAGGCUGAGCCCCAGUGCCGGGCCCACCGCCAGGCCGCCGCGCAGAAGGGGCUGCAGCUCGAUCAGCGGGACGAAGACUGGGACGCCAAGAAAAGGGAGCUGGAGCUGUCUCUUCCUUCCUUGAAACAAAACACUAAUAAGAAAAAGAGUAAGAAGACCCGAGGCCCCACCAGGCUCAGCAAUACCAAGGAGAGGAGAGUGUGAGAAGGCUGGCACCCCAGGGACUGGAGCUGUGUUACCUGGCGGGAGACUUUCCCUGGCACCAGACUAGAUGUUGUUUGAUGUGUGUUGUCCUGAUGUUGUUACUCCUAGAUCGUUAAUUACCCACACGGCUUCUACCAGUAGCUCCUGACCUGCCAUUCAAUCUGGAAGUCUGGCCUGGGUCCUCAACUGGGCUGUUGCCUCCUUGCCAAUACCUGCUGUCCCCAAGAAUUACCAGAAGGGAACAAAUGUCAGCUGCUUGCAUUUUGCCACCAGUGAUUUACAUUGUCAGCGUCUCCUGAGCCCUUGUAUGCAAUUAUAGAGUUUCAGGGGCAAAGUUCCUAAGGGAACUUCGUUGUUUCAAUGAAAAAAAAUAAGUAUUAUAACAACAAAAUCUCAAAAAUCUCCAACAUUCUCAGGUCAGUUAAUCUGUGAAAAAAAAAUUAUUUGUUGUCACAUAGACCAAGCAAAGAGGUAGAAGAGAUGUAGCUCUGAGUUUCUAGCUACUUGUGUGUGUGUGUGUGUGUGUGUGUAGUAGUAGAAGCCACGAUCUCAGACAGGGCCAUUUUUUACCAAUGAUCCCUUCUUCCUAGAAGAAACAAUUUGGACAAUAGAUUAGCUCCGUGAAAAAUAAAAACCUUGAAUUAAUUUCAUCCCCCUUAGUAAUGAGAACUAGUAUUAAAUAAUGGAACACGUGACUAUAAUUCUACUUGAUCAACUGUAUAUUUUAGGAAAUCUAAAUACAGAUCAGAUAUUGACAAUAAAAAUAUUACAUCCAAAUUGCUAUAGAUGUUAAAAUGCCUAUCAUAUUUUGAAGACUUAGGACAAAAUGUAAAAUAGCUCAUUAAUAAUAUUGAUUGCAUGUG